CACACCCACACCCACACCACACCCACACCCACACCCACACCCACACCCACACCCACACUAUCAGAUCUUAAAAAAAAUACUUUUAUAACCAAGCCAACUUUUUGUUGCAUUGAAAUAAAUGCUCAUUCUUUACUUUUUGUAAUUCUUUUAGUUAUUAAAAACAAAUUACCUAUUGAUGCACUUAAUACGUUUACUUUUAACUCACAGAUAUGUGAGAAUACUUUUGGAAUUGCACAUUCAUUAUCAGGUUCAUUUUCGUCAAAUACAAAUUUUAGUGUAAAAUCAUUUUUAAAAAGAUGCGGAAAAAUAUCAAUAGUUAAUUCAAUUAAAAAUCGUGGUGGACCCCUAGGAAAUUAUCAGUUUUAUUUUCCACAACAUCAUAAAAAUCAUAAAGAUACAAUUAAUUAUUCAAUAGGACAUGUCAAUGAAUUGAAUUUGACUGAAAAUGAUAUUGAAAUUAUUAUCAAAAAUGCAUUUGAAGCAGCUCAAAAGUAUGUUGCAAUGGUUAAUAUGACUCAAUUUUUGGAGAAAAAAAAUAUCUAUACAUUAUCAGGUUUAAAUACAUUUACAAAAACAAUUUUAUAUAAAUCGUUGUCAAAAAUUAUCGACUAUACAGUUGAUAAUAAUAGUUCCGAUGAAGAUUCUGAUGAGGAAAAUUGUUCUGAUGAAAAUGAUGUUUCCAAUGUAUUAAAUAAUGAAAAACAAUUAUCACCAAAUAAUACCGAUGAUGAAGAGCAAGGAAAUACAAUAGCAACUGUUGUUCCUGAUACAGCACAAAAAAAGUUCAAUGGUUGUCGUAUAUACGACAAAAUCAAUCCACAACAAUCAAAGAAAUAUUUUCGUAUACGUAUGGGUUCAUCAUAUAAAUUUAUACACAAACAAACGGCUUGUUGGUUACUUACAACGGAUAAACAACGAUCUUCAAGUGAUCGAUUACUACGUGUUCAGCAAUAA